AUGUUCCUCGAUGACAAGACACCAUCCAAGUCGGCUGUCGAGAGAGACAACCCACCACCCCGGCGCAAGGCCUGCCAAGGCUGCAUCAAGGCCAAACGACGCUGCGAUCUCGGCUUCCCGACAUGUCUAAGGUGCUCGCACAGGCACAUCGAGUGUCUCUACGACAGCGCCGUGUCCAUUAAUGGAAGCAGCAGCGGGAUCCCGCCAAGCCGCCCUGCACGUUUUGCCAAAAAGAGGCAGACCCAGGCAACCAGUGGGCACGCAGCCUCUGAGGCGGCUUCUCAGCCCUUGUCGCUGUCCGGCACCUAUGGGACAGCAACCAACAUUGAUGGUUUAUCAUUUUUGGACGAUCCAUCAUUAACGAGCUUGCCCGUCUUUGACGAUGCUCCACCAAGUGGCUUUCCAGGAUCAAAGACGGCCGAGUUCAUCCCAAAGGAUGAUGGCAUCUUUGCCUAUGGGGGUUCAUUGGAUAAUCUUCUCGGCCUUUCUACUCAUAGUAAUUCCGUUUUUGAAGGUCUGGACCUGGACCUUGACGUUUUUCAAGCUCCUCCACAGAACAUGGAUCCAGUGCCUGCUCGCCCAGAGGAACCACCACAUACAGACCUGGUUUACCUGCCGGUAGCGACCCCGACCGCAACGACGUCCUUCAACAUGUCAUACAUGAUACGUACCCGCUUGUCAUAUACGAUACCGAUAUUACUAGGUGCACCCAAAGCCUUUGUCGAGACGACAGGCACGCCGUGGAGCCAUCCGUCUCUCUACAAAGAUGGCUUCCCACCCAUAAUCGAGGAUAUGUAUGCCGCAUGCGCUUUGUACAUGGCCCGCACUCCAAGAAAUGACGCCGUCAUCAUGCGAUCCAUCGAAGGCAAGCUGGCCAAGGUUAUAAACGAUCCCCUGCCGUCAGUCGCUUCGACGUCUGAGGUCUUGUACCGUACCCAGGCGCUUCUCAUGUACCAAAUCAUGCGGACGCUGGAUGAGGGUCUCGCCAGCCGGGCCCACGAUGCCGUCGCCACGGCCGCGUUCGAGGAGUCAAUGAACACUCUGAAAGAUCAUCUCAUCAUCGAAGCCGGCUCCACCGACGUGUCGACGACAUUCAUGUUGAGCAGUCUGACCGCGCAGUCUAUUACCGACUUUGAAAAGGCGGCAUCGCUGCAGACGAGGCAACACGGAAUUCGGAGACCCACGAAACCCCUGCAGCUCUACCCGCUUGGCCCGACCCGCGCCUUCUGGGAGCAGUGGACGUUUAAGGAGUCGGUGCGCCGCACCUUUCUCAUGGCGUUCUUCUUCUCGCAGCUGACGAGGCUGGUGACGGGGGCAACGCUGGGGACAUGCACGGGUCGGACGGCCACCUGGAACUGCUGGACGCUUGCGGGAGACCUCUGGGGCGCCCCGGACGCUGUCGACUUUGCCCAGGCCUGGAACACCAAGCACGAGGUCGGCGGGGAGGCGGAGGGCGGCUGCGGUCCGAUAAUCGUCUCGCCGGGUCAGAUGCAGCGCGUGCUGCAGGAGGCAAGAGCGGAGGACAUGGAUGAUUUUGCGCGUAUGAUAUUGACUACCACGUUGGGCGUCGAGGAAGCCAAGGCCUGGCUGGCCUCGAAAGGCGGAGUCUUGUGA